AUGUCAGACACAGCCUUCUUCACCGUCCCCACCCCUACUCCUCCACCCCUCUUCCUCUGCGACUACAGCGACUGGUCUCCCUCCUUCUCCAUUAUCCCGUCCGUUUACCUGCUGGCUUUCCUCGUUGGUUGCCUGGGCAACAGCCUGGUGCUCUGGGCCUACCUGGACCGAGCCGAGGGGAGAAAGGGAGCGAGUGACAAGCGCAGAACCGGACUGUGCCCUUUGAAGAAGAGCAAGAAGCAGGUUCUCGGUGCUGGCAGAGCUCACCGUGAGUCUUUUCCUCGGACAGACAAAAAAAACUGCGGCUCGGCAGGACAAAACUACAGGCCCCACUCUCAUCCCUCCGCCUCCAAUCCUCCUUCGAUCCCUCGUUCCUCUCGCUCGCUGACAGACUCUUUGAUAGCCAGUUUGGCGUUAGCUGACCUCUGCUUCCUCGUCACCCUCCCGCUGUGGGCCACCUACACAGCCAUGGGCUACCACUGGCCUUUUGGGCAACCUCUUUGCCAGAUCAGCAGCUUCCUCACGGCCCUCAACAUGUACGCCAGCGUGUUCAGUCUGAGCAUGCUCAGUGUGGAGCGCUACUGGGUUCUGAACGGACGCCGGCGCUCCGGCCACCACCCCCCGCGGGGCUGCUCCGGCAGGUCCCUCUGGGUGCUCGGAGGGGUGUGGUCAGUGGCGGGAGUCCUGGCCCUUCCAGGCUUGUUGCUGCGCUCCGUCAGGGAGGUGGAGCUCGACCCGGAGUCUGAGGACAACUGGCAUCUGGAAUCUGCGGAUCCCAAAACGGUCAUCCUUUCCUGUCAAAUGGAUUAUUCCAUGUUGAUUGGGGCAGAGCUGGAGGAGGCUGAAAAAGAAAGAGCGGAAAUGAUGUGGGCCGCCGCCCUGAGUUUCAAAUCUACUCUAAUCGGCUUCAUGCUUCCCCUUAUCGUCUUACUGGUCUGCUACGGCUCGCUGGCCAAGCUGCUUAGCAGGCAUUUCGGCCGGGGCCCUCGUCCUGACCGGAGGCGCCAGCGGAGGCUCCUCAGGGUCAUCGUGAUUUUAGUGCUGGCUUUUUUCCUGUGCUGGCUGCCUCUGCACGUCAACAAAACGGUGUCCAUGCUGCUGGAGUUCGGCUUUGUCCCGUAUUCGUGCUCUCUGGACCAGACCCUGCUCGCCGCUCACCCGUACGUCACCUGCUUAGCGUACCUGAACUCCUGCCUGAACCCUCUUCUCUACGCCGCCUGCGACCCCUCGUUCAGGAACAGAUGCAGAGGAGCUCUCCUGGUCUGCUGCAGCAGGAGCAGAGGAGGGGCAGAGGGAGCAGGAGGAGACGGGGAGGAUGAGGAGGAUGAGAAAAGGGAAAGGAGCUCCGCUUUUCCCACGAGGACACAGGAGGAAACGGAAGACAAAACUGAGACUGGGGGGGAGUGGGUCGGGGAAGCGAUGGAAGAAGAGGCCACAUGA